AUGGUGAAGUUCGUUGUUGUUCGACAUUGCGGAUUAGCCAGAUCCGGGCGUCUCACCGAAUGGGGCAUUCCUCCGCAUACUGACCCCGACGAUAAGAUGCAAUGCAUUUUAGAUCAUCAGACACCGACCUUCAUGGUCUACACUAGAGGCGGACACAUCCCCCAUCUCACUUGGGACACCUUCAACAGCAAGGUGAAUAUCCAACAAAGGCCUAUCUUUCAUGUCUCCUACGGAAAUAUGUGAGUUUUGGAUUUUUUUGUAUGCGGUAAUAUAAUAUUAUACAUGAACAUUUCACCCCAAAAUGACAAUGUUAUUGUUUUCCUUGCAGAUCCGAACUCUUGGAACACUGCCGGAAGACAAACAAACCCCUCUCGGAGUAUAUGGGAAUGUCGGUGGGUAUCUUCACGUGAUGUGUAAUAUGAAAUAUGGUUUCAGGAUGAUGCCCUUAUCCAUUUCAGUCUCUUCGAUCCUCUGGGCAAAAGAGUAACUGGCCUGAAUCGGACCAAGGAUAUUGCGAUUUGGACAAAAGGAGGUAAAAGAAUGGUAAGCAAAGGAAAUCAAGUUUUAUUAGGUUAUAACAUACGAUCAGAGGUGUAGAGAAUGGAAAUUUUAGAGAAUGUGAACGUAAGAUGUCUUUUGGCUAAUGUUUAGGGUCUAGUUAUACCGAUUAUUUCAACGUUUGAGAUGACUUUCAGGUGGAUUCAGCCAUUUAUCGCUCUCUCGUUCACACGGUCCAAGCAAAUACAGUAGGAUCGAUGUUGGACUACGACACUCCCCCUCCCAGUCAAAAUAAACGGCUCUCCAAAGCUGUCCAACGGACGACCACCUUCUGGGAACAGUGCUAUGAUCAACACCCUCUAUAUGUAUGUUGUUCAAUAUAAAUUAAGAUGACUUAGAUCCUAAACAUUAUACGUUUGGUUUGUUUAUUACAAAAUUUCUUCUUUUCAGUGCUCCCUAUUUUUAGUCCUCGGCGGUGGCCAAAGUUCCUACCAUCGAGCCGCCUUGUCUCGCGCAGCCAGCCUCAAUACCCAUGCUGUUGGGUAUACUGUAGAUUUGAUGGAAUACUCACAAAAUCCAAAUACAGAUGUUAGAAAGGAUUUUGAUAUAGAAGAACUGUCUGAUCUACUUCAACAUUCAUUAGUAAGUAUAGUCUGUAUGUAUUUGUCUCGGUUGAGGGGCCCACUAAGUACAAUGUAAUAUAAUUUCAGGAUGGUCUCCCGUUGAACAAACCUCGUCUAGUCGAAGGGGUUUUCGACCCAUCGCAAAUAUUCGAAUUGGUCCGCCUAGGUGUCGAUAUCUUCGACUCAUCCUAUGCUGUCCUCAUGGCCGAAAAAGGCCAAAUUUUCCGUGUCGCAAAUGAUUUCCCCAAACAAAAUACCUUUGAAUUAUUCGAUUUUACCUCAGAAAAGUAAGUAGAAUUUCGCUUGUUAGUUGAUAGAACAUUUAAAUUACCAUUUCGCGUAUUGAACACUGCUCACCAGAAAAUUGAAUAAGAUUAACGAAAUUUAAGAUAUCAAGAAGAUCUCACACCAAUCGUCGAUGACUGCUCCUGUUACUCGUGCUCCAAUUACACCAAAGCCUACCUCGCCCACCUCAUGAACACAAGAGAACUCUUGGGCCCCAUGUUAACAGUAAUGUAA